CGGUGAUUCUACCUUAGCCUUGGAUUUUGGAACUACUCUUAACACAGUAUAAAACAGGAGAAUGAAAACAUUAAAAAGGCAGUUGGAGCAAUAGAUUUCAUAUUUAUAGCUCCCAAUCAAUGAAUAUCCUUGGUUUAGAUCUCACUAUUCCAUAAACAGUAAAAAGAAAGAACGAGAGAUAGAAACAUGUCGAGGCGAUCAGGGACUUGCUUGAGGCUAUGUCUAGUAACGUUUGCUGUAAUUUCGGCAUUGGCAGUAUGUGGACCAGCUCUUUACUGGAGAUUCAAAAAAACUCUCAAGUUGGGUCCUUCCAAAUCCUCUUGUCCUCCUUGCAUCUGUGAUUGUCCUCCUCCUCUUUCCCUUGUCAACAUUGCCCCUGGGUUGACCAAUCUUUCAAUCGCAGAUUGCGGAAGCAAUGACCCUGAUCUCAAGCAAGAGAUGGAGAAGCAAUUCCUGGACCUUCUAACAGAGGAGUUGAAGUUGCAAGAGACUGUCGCCGAAGAGCAUUCCCGCCAUAUGAACAUCACCUUUGGUGAAGCUAAAAGGGUGGCUUCCCAGUACCAGAAGGAGGCAGAAAAAUGUAUUGCAGCCAUCGAAACAUGCGAGGAAGCCAGAGAACGAGCCGAGGCCUCGCUAAUCAGGGAGAGCAAAGUAACUACAGUGUGGGAGCAAAGAGCUCGACAAAUGGGCUGGGAAGGGGAAUAAACUGUUGGUAUAAUUCAUUGUCUAGUAAAUCUUGUUAGGGCAAAGAGGCCCCCCAAUAUGUUUCCCUCCCACCUGUACUUUCAGCUGUUAACUGUGAUACUGCUGUGUGGACCUAUUACUACUAUUAUAUAUCAUCUCAGUUUCUUUUGAAGCAUAA